GUCUUCUCCUCGUCUCUCUGGAAUCCUCACAGAACUUGGUGGUGGUGGCACCGAGAGAUCUUUAGGGAUGAAGAGGUUGUCGAAGAAUCUGUGCCUCGAGAUCUUUCGCUUGUUGGACUGCACCUCCCUUGCCGCAGCUGCCCACGUGUGCAGAGAGUGGAGGAGAUUGGCAUCCGAUGAUGAACUGUGGUCCGAACUAUUUGAGAGAAGAUGGGGAAGCGACUGUGCUGCAUCUUAUGCCCCGACGGGUUCCAAAUCCUGGAAGGACGUUUAUGCAGUGAGACUGGCAUCCGAGGAUGAUGCAUCGUGGUACAGACUCUUUAAGAAAAGAUGGGGAAGCGGCAAUGCUGUAUUUUAUGCCCCGAGGGGUUCCAAAUCCUGGAAGGAUGUUUAUGAAGCGCACGACCGAUGUGAUCGGCUUGACCUGGACUUCAAGCUCAUAAGAAAAGGUGGAGAUUACUAUGUCAUCCGCGGGGACUAUAUCCAUAAGUAUGUGCCCUCAGGUGAGGGAGCAAAGCUGCCACCGGGAUUUGGUGACAGAAAGAAGAUUGAUUCUGCUUCCUUGGAGGAAGAUGAAUGAGUCCGUGCUGGUACUACAUGUUGUGCAGCUAAUCUUGAUACAGAUACAAACUGAUUGAUUCUGCUAUAC